AUGAGCACCAUGAGCACCAUGAGCACCAUGAGCAAGCUCGAAAAAUUCCGCCCGCCAUCGCUCCAAUUACCCGAUGACCUCGAUUCCUCCGCCGCUUCGCUCUCUCGCUCCAAGAAUCCCCACCCUCUUCUACCAGCUCAACCGGACCUCGCCCUCACGAAGGUUCGAUCACCUGCCACGGCAGCCGCGCGCAAUCCCAAGCGCAUCGUGCUGCAGCGAUGCCACGUAUGCAACCUGUUAUCCAUCCCGCCCUGUCGCACGUGCCACCUCUUCCUCCCCAACGCGUUUCCUCCCCAAACCGCCGCUUCCGCCCACCCAUCGUCUUCGCAACUCGUCUCGUCACGCCCCUCACAUCUGGAUCAAGGUAGUAGCAACAGCAGCGACAUCGUCGAUCUCGCUACGUGGCUGGAUAUCCGCAACUUGCCGUGUCGCAUGAUGGAACUCGCCAUGACUGGCUACUCGUCCAGCUCUCAGCCUUCCCAUUCCAUUGAAGGCAAUCAUUUCUUCGAGCCGCGAGGGCAUCCGAGCGGCAAGUGCGCCGAAAAUUCGCUUCUCGGGGAAGGAAGCAGGGACUAUGAGGCAGCGGCGCAUGGGGAGUGUCGCAAGCCGGGCGGGAGCGGAGCCAAGAGCGCGCCGAGCGGGUGGACGGCUGCGCGCGCCGCCGCUGCGGGAAGCGCGUGGGAGCUUCAUUCUUUGUGGGAGUGGGCGGGACAGAUGCUGACGUGGACGCCGCAGGUCGAGCAGUCGCAGCAAUCGCAGCAGCUGUCGUAUACACGCUCUCUGCGACAUACUGUCACGGCGCCCGCGCGGCUCACGAAUGAGACACCUCACCCUAGCGACGGCGAAGCUGCGACGGUGCAGGCGAGCGGAGGAGGCGCAGUCACGUCAUCCAAAUGCGCGGCAGGCAAAUUAACGGUUGGAUCUGAGAACGCGAUGCGAAGGGACGACGGGGAAGCGACAAGCCCCAUAGUCUUGUGGCUAGAAGAAGCAAGAAAUUUGUUUCUUGGAGAGGGAGCCGCCAUGGCGUUAGCUUUCGAUGAGUUCGGAAGGCCGUUUAUUAUCAUACGCGAGCAGGAGACCAAGUCGCGCGUGAAGGGUCUCGCGGCGCAGAAGGCGAACAUCCUCGCCGCCAAAUCCGUCGCGAAGAUUCUCCGCAGCUCGCUCGGGCCUAAGGGAAUGGAUAAGAUGCUGCAGAGCGGCGACGGCGACGUCACUAUAACGAACGACGGCGCGACGAUUCUGGAGCAGAUGGAGGUGGAGAACCGCGUGGGGCGGCUGAUGGUGGAUCUGUCCAAGAGCCAGGACUUCGAGAUCGGCGACGGCACCACGGGCGUCGUCGUCACGGCCGGCGCGCUUCUAGAGCAGGCGGAAGCUCUUCUCGACCGCGGCAUUCACCCGAUCCGCGUGGCGGAGGGCUACGAGAUGGCGUCCAAGAUCGCGGCGGCGCAUCUGGAUGCGAUCGCGGAGACGUUUGAAUUCUCCAAGGAUAACUUCGAGCCGCUCGUUGAGACGUGCAUGACCACGCUCUCCUCCAAGAUUGUCGGGCGUUGCAAGAGGCAGAUGGCGGAGAUCGCAGUGCAGGCAGUGCUAGCCGUUGCAGACCUAGAGCGCCGCGACGUGAACCUGGAACUGAUCAAGGUGGAGGGCAAGACGGGCGGCCGGCUGGAGGAGACGGAGCUGGUGCGAGGGAUCAUAGUGGACAAGGACUUCAGCCACCCACAGAUGCCCAAGCGGAUUGAGGACGCCAAGAUUGCGAUUCUGACGUGCCCGUUUGAGCCGCCCAAGCCCAAGACGAAGCAUAAGGUUGAUAUCGAUACGGUGGAGAAGUACGAGCGGCUGCAGGAGUCGGAGCGGAAGUACUUUGAUGACAUGGUGCAGCAGUGCAAGGACGCGGGUGCGACACUCGUGAUCUGCCAGUGGGGGUUUGACGACGAGGCCAACCAUCUGCUCAUGCACCGCGGCCUGCCCGCUGUGCGCUGGGUGGGGGGCGUGGAGCUGGAGCUCAUUGCCAUCGCCACUGGCGGCCGCAUCGUGCCUCGUUUCCAAGAGCUGACACCCGAGAAGCUGGGCAAGGCCGGAGUGGUCCGGGAGAAGGCAUUCGGAACCACCAAAGACCGCAUGCUCUACAUCGAGGGGUGCGCCAACUCACGCGCCGUCACCAUCUUCAUCCGAGGAGGCAGCAAGAUGAUGGUGGAGGAGACCAAGCGCAGCCUGCACGACGCGCUGUGUGUGGCACGCAACCUCAUCCGAGACAACCACAUUGUGUACGGUGGAGGCUCUGCUGAGAUCACAUGCUCGUUGGCAGUCGAAGCUGCGGCGGAUAAGGUCCCAGGAGUGGAGCAGUACGCCAUGAGGGCGUUUGCGGAGGCACUGGAGGCGGUGCCAAUGGCUCUGGCGGAGAACAGUGGCCUGCCGCCCAUCGACACGGUGUCCAGCAUCAAGGCACAGCAGGUCAAGGAGAACUGUCCAUACCUGGGAGUGGAUUGCAUGGAUGCGGGAACGAAUGACAUGCGCAAGCAGAAGGUAUUUGAGACAUUGAUCGGCAAGAAGCAACAGCUGCUGCUGGCCACACAGGUCGUGAAGAUGAUUCUCAAGAUAGAUGAUGUUAUCUCGCCAUCUCAAUAUGAGUGA